AUGAGGACUGCGCUCCUUUUUGGUCGCCAAUAUCUCCGCCCGGGUCUCCCUAAACUGACCGCCCGCGCAUCGACGCGACCCUUGGUCAACGCCUCUCGUUUCCGCCGACAAUUUGCGCCGCCGAGGUUCAAGACUGGGAAGGUACUAUGGUCUGGUGCCGCCGCUGGUGGUGCCAUACUCAGCCCGCUUGCAUUUGUCGAUGUAGCCCAUAAGAAGACAGACAAUGGGGAGCAAACGCAUGAAGAGGCUAUGCUGGAGGCGUCGAGGAAGGAGCUUGACGAGCAGGUCCCGCAUGCGCUGAGGAAUUCGUCCAAAUAUCGACGAGGCAUAUACUUCUUCAUCGAAGAUUACAUAAUCGAGCCCAUAGCCACUGGAUUCCGCUUUCUACAUCUGGUCAUCAUCUUCGUGCCCGUCAUCGUAACGAUACCGUUGGGCCAAUGGGCCGCCUCCCGAACAGACGUUUUCCCGACCGAAAUGUGCGCCAUUAUGUCAAACCUCCAUUCCAAUGCUCCAGCGCACACAUUGCAGGUCACAAAGCAAACAAUCGAGGCCGCAUUUGAUGGACGAAGCUUUGACGACAUCUUUGAGGAGUUUGACGAGACGCCCUUGGGCGUGGGUGCCAUUGCCCAAGUAUACAAGGCCAAGUUGAAGCCUGAGCUCGCGACGUUAGAGAGCAACUCAAUCGACCGGGAGCAGCCCAACCUGGCCCGUAGGAUCAAGAAGAACUUUGACGUGACUCUGAAGAGUUCACCAUCAAGAGUACCCUCCAGCCAUGUUGCAAUCAAGGUCUUGCACCCCAAGAUUGAGAAGAUAGUCCGCAGAGACUUACGCAUAAUGGGCUUCUUUGCUGCCAUCAUCAACGCCGUACCUACCAUGGAGUGGCUCUCAUUCCCAGAUGAAGUUGAGCAGUUUGGCGAAAUGAUGAGACUGCAACUUGAUCUGCGCAUUGAGGCUGCAAAUCUCACUCUUUUCCGCCAAAACUUUAAACACAGGACUACAGCCUGGUUUCCUUACCCCUACACUGAAUACACUACGCGCAACGUGCUGAUCGAGGAGUUCGCUCAGGGUAUACCUAUGGAAGACUUCCUACAAAACGGAGGCGGCGUAUUCCAGAAAGAUAUUGCAGAUGAGGGACUAGAUGCUUUCCUCACCAUGGUUCUCAUCGACAACUUCAUUCACGCGGAUCUGCACCCGGGAAAUAUCAUGGUCCGGUUCUAUAAGCCACAGCAGCUAGAUGUCUCCAUCUUCGCCAAGAAAGAGGAACGUACGACCGGGCCUAAGGAGUCGCCAGAUGUUACCGAGGAGGUGCUGGAACGUCUACGACCGCAUAGGAAAAACCCACAGCAAUGGAGAACGACGCUCCAAGAGAUUGAUAACGAAGGCUACAGACCACAACUCAUUUUUAUCGAUACAGGCCUUGUGACGGAGCUCAAUGCGAGGAACCGCGCCAACUUCCUAGACCUCUUCAAGGCAGUUGCGGAGUUUGAUGGAUACAAAGCAGGUCAUUUGAUGGUAGAGAGGUGCAGACAGCCAGAUGCUGUGCUCGAUGGUGAGGUCUUCGCUUUGCGCAUGCAGCACUUGGUGUUGGGUGUCAAGAGCCGCACUUUUGCUCUCGGCAAUAUCAAAAUCGGAGACAUCCUUAAUGAGGUCUUGUCUAUGGUACGAACACAUCAUGUCCGCCUCGAAGGUGACUUUGUGAACGUCGUUUUGAGUAUUCUCCUUUUGGAGGGUAUCGGGCGAAGCUUGAAUCCCAACUUGGAUCUUUUCGCGGGUGCACUCCCAAUUCUACGUCAACUCGGUGCGCAAAGUGGCUCCUCUAUGAUCCGUGGUGGUGACUUCUCCAUGCUCAAGGUCUGGGUUGGUCUUGAAGCACGCAGCUUUUUGCAAGCCUCAAUUGAUACGGUCGAACGAUAUGUCAAGUCCGACCAGCUCUCACCUAAUAUUUAG